UCUUCGAAGGCUCGCCAUUAUCUAGGGACAUUGGGGUGUGGGUGACAACCCAUUUGAGUUGAACUCUCCCGACGACCAUCUCGCAUUCGAUCGCUUUGAUAGCAAGUUUCUUCUCCUUGAAGGAGAUACUAUUUUUAUCAGGUCGAAUCUGCCUACUAUGUCGCCAUAGUUACUUCUUCGAAGCGGACGACAACCCGGCAUCGUCCCGACGUCGUGAUUGAACGAAGUCUUCGAACGGACACGAAGACUGUCUUCAUCAUGACUCUUCCGACCCCCCAAUAUCCCUUAGUGGAUGCUUGUUCUACUCUGUUCAACAACACCCUCUACACAUAUACAUCGGAAGCUUUUCAAUCACUACCACUUAAAAUGGGGGCGGCAUGGUCAGAGUUACCGAUGGGCGUUGCUGUGACAGGAGGAGUUUGUGUGAAAUCUACACCGAAGAAUAAUACAGAUGCUGCGGCAUUGUAUAUUGUUGGAGGGACUUCGAAUUCCACCGACUACCCAGGAUUGCAACGCUUUACAUUUGCCGAUGGAACAUGGGAGACGAUACGUCCAACGGUGGCUGUUACGCAAAAUCGACUCUGGCACAAUGCAGUCUACUUGAACAAAUCGGAUUCGAUUCUCGUCUAUGCUGGGUCACAAGAUGGCUCGCAGCAUCCAUCAUCACAGACCUUUACGAUACAGGCAUCAGAACCAUACGCAGUCUUGGCCUAUGAAGCCAUUGCCCCUCCUGCGAUAAACCCCUUAUUAAUGCAAUGGACCGAGAGCAAAGCAAUCUUCAUUGGAGGAAGUGAAACUAAUACAAAAGCCAUGAUAUUCAGCCCUUCCUUGUCAUGGGUCGAUUCGAACGCGACAUUGGCAGCGCCCCUGUACAAUACAUCAUCAAUCAAAGCCAUCGUUAUCAAUGGAGACGAUGACAGCAAAAAUCUUUACACUUUCGACAUGUCGACAUCACCAAAUGGCGUGAACAGGACGAUCUUGAUAGACAGUGAUGGGAAUCCGGUUCAGAACGCACAGCCGAUUGUGGAGGCCAGACAAGUGGACACUGAGUUGGACGAGAGAUCAGCGCAGCUGGUGGAGAGAGGUAACUUGACUGUGGCUGACUGGCCGGUUUAUAACGACACAUUCGCCCCUUCGAGCACAAGGACUUCGUACACGAUAUGUGCGGAUCAGAGUGGACUUGUUAUCAUAUCUGGUGGGAACGAAGAGGAUGUGCUGUGUAUGUUCAAAGCGAGAGAUAAUUGUUGGGUGAACGCCACGGCAGUACUUGGCUCAAGGGCUGCAACUGUGCAAGUCAUUGGUACCCCCUCGACAACCGCUUCAACUGCGAGUCAAUCCCCAUCGUCAACUGGAGCCGCCAAAGCAGGUGAAUCCCCAUUUCCGGUCAAGAUUCUUGGUGUCGUUCUUGGAUCGAUAGUGUUAGUUGCCAUUAUCCUGGUAGCUAUAUUAGCUUUGCUCCGAUGGAGAAAGAGGCGGAGGCAAUAUAAUGAUGCUGGCCACCAAAGGCGGUCGAGUGGAGUUCCCGACGAGAAGGACGAUAUGGAUUUUGCAGAUGUGGGCUAUCCGCAAAUGAGCUCGGCAAGACAGUACCUCGGUCACGAACCUCAAUCCUCACAGGGGUCGUAUUCGUCGAUGGCGAUAUUAAUGGGUCGGUACGGGCAUAAGAGAGGAGGUGAUAAGGCCAAUGGAAGUUUGGGAAGUGACUCGAGCAGUCAAUUUAAUAAGAAAUACAAGACAGCCAUCAGCAAGCCGAUACCACAGGAGCAGCCGAUGACCAUGCGUGCAGGACCGGCUCGACAGGACAAAGGCGUAUCCUUCGCGGCAGCGGCUGAGGAGCCGGCCCCAACACCGAGGCCACGAGGGAGCACAAAAGGCGGGAGAAGAGGAAGCACGAGAAGGUCGUCUGGAUGGAACAGGUAUUGGUCGGGUGGAAGUGCGAUGAAUAUCCUCGGGUUUGGCUCAAAACGGACAACAUACGAAGGCUCAGAUCGAAGUUCGGACUCGCAUUACUCUGACCAAAGGCUACCGAGCCAGAUCACUCAAGGAUCAGCUGUACCAAUGCCGCUGAAGCUUGCUGACCGACCACCAGAGUUGAACAGAGUCAUGUCCGGUAGUCCCACCAUUGCAUAUCAUUCGAGACCAUUGACUCGGGAGAUGAGUGGUACGAUUGAGCGACCUGGGUCAGUUAGCACAGUGUCAUCAUACAACGAUGACCGAAACGACGCCUUCUCGAGUGGAGUUCCAGCCAGCGUCCAUGAGCAAAAUACUUGGACCCCUUUCGACAAGUCUGCAUGGGGAUCAAGACCUGCUCCAAGCAACUACCCUGAAAAUGUCUAUGCUACAAAGCUUCAUCAAAGUACCGCACCAAACUUCCCACCACUACCGCCGCCUCAACGGCAACCUGCUCAACAAUCCUCCGACAUGAGUUGGCUCAACCUCGGUGGCAACACCAGGAUAUGAAGUCCUCAUCUGUACACUCCGCUUUUUAUCUGUCCCUAUUAGCAUGUCUGCAUUUAGGUGUUCCAUCCAAUGUCUAUUUUCUCGUUGCAUAUCCUGGGGUUAAGCACAUUGCAAAUCGUUCUUGGUCAA